GAGGCUAUACAUUCUUCUGGAGUGGCCGCAGCAGUGAUGAGCGUUGCGAAUCUGGAGUUGACUUCGCCAUCAAGAAUCAUCUUGUUCGGAAACUUGCCAGUCCCCCAAGGGUGUGAAUGACUGACUCAUGACAAUGCAACUUCCGCUUCAAAAAGGAAAACAAGCUACUUUGAUCAGCGCAUAUGCUUCCCACAAUGACCAACCCAGAGGAUGUGAAGGAUAAAUUCUACUAAGAACUAGAUGCUCUAUCAUCAGUGCACCGCACAGACAAGCUGAUCCUGCUUGGCGAUUUUAACGCAAGAGUCGGAUGCAAUGCCGCAGCCUGGGAAGGAGUCAUCGGGGAAAAAUGGAAUGGGAAAGUAUAACAGCAAUGGCCUGUUACUGCUGAAAACUUGUGCAGCACAUGACCUUCUGAUCACCAAUACAGUCUUCCGCCUCCCUACCCGUAACAGGACUUCGUGGAUGCAUCCCCGUUCCAAGCACCGGCAUCUGAUCGACUAUGUCAUCAUCAGGAGAAGGGACAGACAAGAUGUCAGGGUUACAAAAGCUAUGUGUGGCGCUGACUGUUGGACGGAUCACAGGCUCAUUGUAUCCAAAAUGAAGCUCCGUAUCAUGCCGAAGAGACGACCACAAGGCUGUGAGGCUCUCAAAAGGAUCAACGUGUCGAAGCUGAAGAACAGCCGCAUCACUGAAGAUCUAGCGGAAGACCUAGAGAAUGAGCUUCGUAUUGAGGAUGAUGCUGAGAGAGACUGGGAGCGAUUCCGCAACACUGUCCAUACAGCUGCAUUGAAGGAGAUUCCCCUGCAAGAGGAAAGUCAAAGGGUGACUAGCAGACACUUUGACAGACACACUCUCUGUGGCAUGUACGUACCUCAUUGAGGAUUGCUUCUGAGACUGUACCCAGACAGACAGGGCAUUUCCUGCUCUCUUGAGAUCUGAACACAGGAAAGCUCAUUAGUGAUAGGGUGUGCAGUAGGCUAUUCUGCUGCAAAUACAUCACUAUGGUGCUCCACUACCCACUCAUUCCUCUAUUCCACUCUGGUCACUUAAAGCAGGGACAUCUAUGUACCACAACAACCCAACUAAACUGUCUGAGGGAGAGAGAGAAAGAGCUGGGAGGAAGUUUGCGUGACCUUAUGGAGGGAUGGCCUCCCUCCAGGCCUAGGUCUGGACUACUCCCAUCUCUGGCUCUUAUAGGGAAAUAUUUGAGGGGAGGGAGCUUUUACUUCUGCUGCAAAACUAUUUAAAGUAAACUUAUAAAAAUUGCUGAAAAUCUUUGUUUUCAUUCAUGUAUUUUGAACUCCUUAUCUCUUCCAUGUAACAAUGCCUUGGAGUCCAAGCCUAAAGUGAGUUGGCAGCUGCUCAGUAGGAGAGGGGUUGGUAACUUUCCACUAUGGUAACUGCAGUGAGAAUGAGUGUAGGGGACUUAGCAUCUGUCCCUUAUGGCACAUACAUAGAUCCAUACGCAGGACAGAACCACUCAAAGCAUCCUUUGGAACAAUCAGAACAGGUGAACGACAGCAAAUACCCUAU